AGCUACAAUACAGAAGUGCUCUGUAGCAGAGCAGCGCAGCUGCCUCAGUCCUGUCCCCAGCUUAGCAACCCUACUCCAUGACCUGUGGAGAGGGACCUUUGUGUCAUGACAUGCCUGUGAAAACUGCCCUAUUCCAGGUAGUGUACAACCAGCUAUGGAGCAGCAGGCCCAGAUUCUGAAGAGCUUCCUGACUGACCUGGAGAGACAGGAGACUGUGGCUGAGGAGGCACCUAACGGCAUUGCUGGGGAGUUUGCGAGGUUGAAAAGUCAGUCAACAAAGUACCGCACCGACAAGACCUACCCUUCCAAAACAGCAGAAAAGCAGGAGAACAUCAAGAAGAACCGAUACAAAGACAUUCUGCCAUUUGACCACAGCAGAGUAAAGCUUACUCUUGUCACAUCUAAAAAUGACACAGACUACAUCAACGCCAGUUUCCUCAAGGGAGUGUCAAACUCCAGGGCCUACAUUGCUACUCAGGGUCCUCUGCCUCACACAGUAGUCGACUUCUUGAGGAUGCUUUGGGAAUACAAGAUAGAGGUCGUAGUCAUGGCCUGUCGAGAGUUUGAGAUGGGAAAGAAAAAGUGUGAGGUUUACUGGCCACAAAAACAAGAGGACACAUUUGUUUGUGAGCCUUUUAAAGUUUAUUGUGACUCUGAAGAAAGUAAAGGAGACUAUCUGACAAGGAUGUUAACGCUGACGUAUCACAAUAGCUCCCGAACUUUGAAACAGCUGCACUAUGUCAACUGGCCAGAUCACGGAGUACCGGACUCCAUACCUCCGAUUCUGGACAUGUUGGAUGAAAUGCGUUCUUAUCAAGCCCAUGAUGACAUCCCUAUUUGCAUCCACUGCAGUGCUGGCUGCGGGAGAACAGGAGCCCUGUGUGUCAUUGAUUAUACUUGGAACCUUCUAAAGAAACAGAUGAUCGCUUCAGGUUUCAGUAUCUACGAUUUAGUUCAAAGCAUGAGAACCCAGAGGCCAUCUAUAGUUCAAACCAAGGAACAAUAUGAACUUGUCUACAGAACCAUCAAGUUACUAUUUCAGAGAUAUUUGCAGUCUGUAGAUGAACAGACCAGCAGAAAUAAGGUGACAGCAGUCCAGUCGGCAAUCUCUGAAAAUGAGGUUUUUAUCCCAAGUGAGGAGUCUGAUUUGUUGCCACAAUUUCAGUAUCUGUUUACUGAGGAGAGGGCUUUUCUAUCACAGUACAACAGUCCACUGGCUUUAUCAGAAAACCUACUGUCCUUGAACACCGAGGACAUGCAGACAGACUGGCAACAAUGGCAUCUAUAUCAGACGCCCCCUGAACCUCUGGCAAUGACCCAGGACCAGAAUGUAGGACCCUGGAUGGCACCUAAUCUGGUGCAUACAAAUCAGAGAGUUCCUGCAGUAGAAGAAUUGACAUCACAGAGUGUACUGUCACUGAACCGUCAACCUUCACCAGAUAUAGCAGCAGCCAUUUGUUCAAUGGUGGAGGACCCCUACUUUGACACUGCUUUGAGUUCCCCAUCAUCAGAUGAAGCACCCAUUGGCACUACUGAAGAGACCGGAGAAUGGACAAUGAGCCCUAUCUUCAGCAAGCCCUCAGUUUUUUUGAAUGACCACACUCUGGAGCCCAACUCACCUGCCUCAGAUUCUGUUGAAGUCUAUACUUCCGGGGAAGAGCCUCCUCCGCUACCCGAACGAACCCCAGAAUCCUACAUACUGGCUGUGGAUACAGAGGUUUCAGAUCCUUUUACACGGUUAUCAGUUAUUUCACACGAUGCUGCAGCUGAUGCAGGAACAGAGUUGACUGGCAGUCCCCCCUCACCUGCCCCCCCACUGCCAGAAAGAACCCCAGAAUCUUUUGAGAUGGCCGUUGAUCAAGUUCCUGUGGAGCAGAAGUUAAAGGUCACACCAGCAGCGAACCUAAACGUAAUUGGAAUGUCUUCGGAAUGGUUCGGCAGCUCAAAUCUAGGAGCCGCUGUGGUUCAGAAUGAGAACAAACCCUUUUUGAGGAGUAAGAGUCUGAAAGUAAAAAUGACCUUCACAGCACCAGUAAAUCAUCCCGACCUGUCUUCAAGCACGACUUCAAACGGUGCUUACUCGCUGCCUGUGGACCCAGCCCCGCCCCCACAGCUUCAUAACGCUGAGCGCAGUCUGACGCCUCCCCUCCCAGAGAGAACGCGGCAAUCCUUCAUCCUCGCCACGGAAGAAAUUGAUGAGCCAGCUGCCAUUUGCCCACAACCCUUAGAAAAACUGCAACUCUCAACAAGGGUGGGUAUAUCAUCUGAGUGGGAUGGCACUGCUCAGCCGAAGAACUUGUGCGAUCCUGUCAUGAGCAGGAGCAAGAGUGUUCGACCUAAAAGUUUAAGACAAGAGCCCCCAACUGCAGUUCAGCAGAUUGCUCCACCUACUGUGUUUGGUGCUGAAGGAGGAAGUGCUCAAGUGGAACAGUGUGAUCUGAACCGCAGAGCCUCCCUGAACAACGAGAAACCAGAAAACAAAUCAGACAAAACCAGCGAGAAGGGCAUGAGUAGAACAAAGAGUCUAAAAUUUUUCAAACACAAACAGAGACCAAAAACCUCCCCUCCACCGCCUCCUACUCAACCGGGAGCAGCAUCUCAACCAUGUAGCGUCUUUUCAGUGUUUAAAUUCGGAUUUGGAAACCGUUUUGCAAAGCCAAAAGGCCCCAGGAAAUAUCCAGAGACCUGGGUUUGAGGGACUGACUUCUCUGUAAACAUGAAAACUAGAGUUAUUUUUUUUUAUUAUGGUGGUCAUAAUGACACAUUGCAUUGCUAGAAGAUUUGCCUCAUUGUCUCAAUACUAACUGAUGAUCAAACAGCAUCAGCACAACAGCGCCCCCAACAGAGAAGCCUUGUUACCUGCUCUGAAUAUUUUAUGUACAAUUUAUGAACAAAAAUGGAUUUUAAUAAUUGAAUGGUAGCUUUGAAGAAAAAAAAAAAAGAAAAAAAGAAGCAUGGA